AUGAGUGAAACGGCAGCAAUUGAAUUAUUAAAACGAGCCGUACAACUCGAUAAUGAAGGAACCUAUCAAGAUGCAUUAAGUUGCUAUUCCGAAGGUAUUCGUAUGUUGCUGAGUGCUGUAAAAGAUAUUCCAUCCAGUGAAGAACGAAAACGAGCAGCAUAUCGCCAGAAAAUUACAGAAUGCAUUGAUCGUGCUGAAAAACUCAAAGAUUUAAUUCAACAAGAAAAAGUAAUCUAUUUUCUUGCGCACAUAUUACAAUAUAUCGUUUUCAAUCAUGCGCAAAAUGCACAAUUCAUGGUUCCACAAGAUUUUUGUGUCCCAUUAACAGUAACACUUCGGUGUGCAAGUAAUUAUAUAGUGAUUGUUCGAAGUGCUUUUCAUGGCGUUUCACAAACUGCGGGUUCGUGUUCAUACACGCCAGGCGAUUGUAUUGUUGAUGCUAUGAAUAGCUUAGCAUGUCUAAGCGAUUCAACUGGAUGUACGAUUCAUGCAACAAAACAGAAAUUACCUCAAUGCAAUGAUCAGUUUAAUAGCUAUUUUCAUAUUGACUAUAAUUGUAUUCCUAUAUCAAUGAAUGAUACAUCGAAAGAAUAUGAUAUCUGUCGAAAUUCAAGCGACAUAACGACUGAUAAUGGAAUUAUUAAAAGUCCUACUUAUCCAUCGCCAUUUCAACCAACAACAUCCGAAUGUUCUCGUGUUAUAAAUGUGCCUAAUAAUAAAAUAAUUCGUUUGUGGUUAUCAGAUCUUUUCAUUGGUUCAAUUGGUACGAAUUGUGUAAAUGAUUAUGUUUAUGUUGUUGAUAAUACACAAACAUAUCAAAAUUGUGGUCAGAAAAAAAUGGGCUACCCAUAUUUAUGUUCAUCAAAAAUUAUUAUACAAUAUUUAGCUAAAACCAAUUUUCUAGCAUACAGAGGAAUGAGAAUGUAUUUUGAAGUUGUUGAUCGGCCUCUAAAUGAUAAUUGUCCACAAAUAACAGUAACACCAGUACCAAGUAUAACAACAUUGACAACUAUUGGGCCGCAUUUAUCAACAGCUGAACCCAUCUAUGUUACACUUGGCAUUGCAUCACCUACAAGAAGUUUUCAAAUUUGUACAGAUGAAUCUUAUACAAUUGAAUGUCCAAAUGAUUAUGUUGUUGCAAUUAAAACAAAUAUAUAUGGUGUUACUACAUCAGGUCAAUGUGAGCCACAUGAUGCAGCUAAACAUUGUGUUGUUACAACAGAUCCACCAUUUUUAUGCCGUCAAAGAUGUGUAUACAUGUAUACAGGAAAUGAAAUUGUUCCAUUAUGUAACAAUACAAUAGCUUCAUAUCAUUAUGUCGAAUAUCAAUGUAUACCAACAAAAACGUCUACCGUUGCAACAAAUAGUCCAUGUCCAAAUGAUGGUUCGAAAACAAUUAUUCAAAUAAAUCGUAAUGGUCGAUUUCAAAGUUAUAAUUAUCCUAAUUUAAUACAAAUGAAUUGUAUAUAUCGAUUAAGAACUAAUCCUGGCUAUAUUAUGAAUAUAUAUGCAUUGGAUAUAAGUUUAAAUAGUUAUAUACCAGAGUGUAAAUCCAAUAAAAUAACAUUUAUUGAAGAUAAUGAAACUGAAGGUUUAGAUUUUUGUGAACAGCGCACAUCUAGUUUAGUAUAUUCGAGUUGUACAAAUGAACUUGACUUACGUUAUCAGAUAGAUGAUCCUUCACAAAAUUUAUCCUAUGGUGUUGAAUUAUAUAUUGAAAAUCAAGUACAUCCAUUCGAUCGGUCAUGUGGAGAAGUAUUAUCGACAUUGACGAAUCCAACAAGUAUUCGUACAACACCAACAAUGCCAAUACAAGUAACAUUACCCGCAAAUACAUCGUUUACAGGUGCAUUUGCUGAAGUUCAAUAUAGUAUAUGUUAUGGUGCUACAUUAAUUCAUAGUUGUCCAUCCGGGUAUACAUUCAUGAUACUUGAUGCUUAUUAUGGUGUUAAAAGUCUAGCAUCAAAUCAAUGUGAAUAUGUUCAAGGUGAUUGUGUUCAAGAAGCUAUGUCAACAAUAACACAAUGUCAAAAUGAUUUACCGAGUUGUUAUUUACCCUAUUCAACAAAACGUCGAUUAGCUCGUUGUUCAGAUAGAUAUGCUGAUUAUUUACAUAUUUCAUAUCAAUGUGUACCAAGUUAUCCCGUUGGAACAACAUCAACUUUGAAAGUCUUUGAUAUUUGUGAUACAAAUGAUCCAAUUGAAGCCUUUUCUGGUGUAAUAACAAGUCCAAAUUACCCUAACUAUAAACAAACAAAUAAAGAAUGUCAACGACCUAUUAUUGGUUCACGAGAGGCAAUAUUGCAAAUCUGGAUUAAUGAAAUGGCUAUAGCAAGCAAUGGUGUACGUAGUUUAAAUGACAAAUUCGAUAAGCCAAAUUUUAUAAUUUAUAAAAACAAUCAUGUCAACAACGCCGAUGACAUUGAACAAUUGUAUCCGUCGAUUCGUGAUACAUGCGUAACCGACUAUUUAAUUAUAGAUACUGUCCAUUCAUCAUAUAUCUAUUGUGGUAAACGAAAACUAACACUCGGUCCAAUCUGUAGCUCAAAUAUAAGAAUACAAUAUAAAACAGUUUCAACAUCGAAUCUUUUCUAUAAAGGCUUUAAAUUAUAUUUUGAAACGGUUCAAAAUACAGCCACUAUAAACUGUGGUGGAAAUCCAUCAACACUGAAUCCAUUAGAAUCAACAACAACAGCAAAUGAACCAUUACCAGAUUGGGCACAACGUUUAGAUAUUUCACCCAUUUUCGGUAAACAUCUAUGCAUUGGUACUGUAGAAUAUUUACGAUGUCCACGUUCAAAUGAUUAUGUAAUUUCCAUAGUCGAUUCAUAUUAUGGUUCAACAGGCGUAGGUUCAUGUGAAAUCCCAACGUUUUCUCAUUGCCGUCAAGAAACGACUAUUAGUGUCACUUGUACACAUUCAUGUCUUUUGGAAUAUGUUAUACCAAGACCACUUUCACAGUGUAGCAAUCAAACUGCUGAUUAUCUCAAUAUUGACUAUCAAUGUAUACCAACACGUUUACCAAAUAAUGAAAAUCCAAUAGAUAUAUGUGCAUCAGCAACAACAGAUACAAUUGCUGUUGAUAAAUCUAUGCUAAUAAGUCCUCAAUAUCCAUCAUUAAAUUCAGCACGUAGCUGCUCAAGAACAAUUGAAACAUUGCCAAGUAAAUUGUGGAUGGUAUACAUUGUUGAUUUAUUUUUGGAAGGCGAAGAUGAGUUUGGUACUUGUAAUGAUGCAUCGUUAACAAUCUAUGAUGGAAAUGAUAAACUUAUUCUUUGUGGUUCACAACAAGCUGAACUUAUUCUAUUCAGUUGUUCAAAUUUAGUUCAAUUUAAAUUUAUAUCGAGUCAUCAAGCACUUGGAUAUCGUGGUUUUAAAGUUCUUUUUAAAACUAUUGAUGUACCUGUUGGAUGGUCAUGUACACCAAGCGGUUUCACAACAACAAGACAAACAACAAUGCAAACAUCAUCUUUAACAACCUUAUUACCACCAAGUCUUCAAAUUCCUACGUAUGGUGGAACAACCACCAAUGAUAUUCGCCAAUAUUGUCAAUUUCCAUUUACCUAUGGAGGUACUCAAUAUACAAAUUGUAUCUCAGGUCAACCGCCUAAUUCAGGAACACUUCCAAAUCCAUCUGAUCCAUGGUGUUCAUUAACUAGUAAUUUUGAGGCAGACCGUCAAUGGGGUUUCUGUGAUACUGGUGUUACAGAUUCAACAUUUUAUGACAUAUGUCGCAGUCAAUCAAAAACACUUAGAUGUUCACCCGGCUAUGUUAUCGAUAUCAUAACUGCUGACUAUGCAGCUAAACCAGAUGGAAGUACAGACGCAAGUUCAUGUAUUUAUAAUCAAAAUGAUUGCUUUCAAAGUGAUUCAUCAACGAUACAAAAUGUAUGUGCUGGGAAAACAUCUUGUGUUGCGUUUCAUUUUUCUAAAAGUUUGGCAUUAUGCCAAAAUCGACCAUCAGCUUAUUUACAUAUUGAUUAUGUAUGUGUACCAAAUAAUAUUCCAAAUAUAAAUACAUAUGACAUAUGCAAUAAUAAUUUAAAACCACAAGGUGAUAUUCGUCGUGGAUUUAUAAAUUCACCUAAUUUUCCUAAUACUCAAAAUAAUAUUAAUUGUACAUAUGAUUUACAGAUAUUAAAGCCAUAUCAAGAUAUUUAUCUUUAUAUAGUUGAUAUGGAUUUAAAUGGUCCAAAUGUGAUCGGACAAAGUUGUACAAAAGAUCGACUAAUUGUUAGAGCUGAUGAUGCUGUAACAGAAUGGUGUGGACGAUCAUUUACAAAUAUUUUACUGAAAACUUGUCAUAAAUCAGUAUUAUUACAAUUGGUUCGGUCAUCGGAUGCCAGAGGACGUGGCGUGAAAUUUUAUUUUGAAUUUCGUGAACGAAAUCCAACUGAAGUUUGCGAUGAAAUAGUUACACCUAGUACACGUCCAACAUUAUCACCUAAACCAUCAGUAGAACCAACAACCACAACAAUGUCAGUCAUUCCAAGUUAUUAUCCUGAUCCAUCUCCUCGAUUAUUUAAAACUUUAUGUUAUCCUGAUCUAUCAGCGUUAUUUGGUGCAAACAAUUUUCAAUGUCCAUCAAAUUAUAUUAUUGUUAUUCAUCGAGCAUUUUAUGGUUAUGGUAAUCGAUGUGAUUAUACGAUAAAUGAUUGUACAAGUGAAGCUGAUCAUGUUUAUCGAACAUGUUCAGGAAAACGAGCAUGUUCUAUAUCGUUUCUAAAUAUAGUUACUUUACCAGAAUGUAAUAAAUCUGUUGCUAAAUAUCUUUUUGUUGGAUAUCAAUGUUUACCAACAUUAACAAUUGUUCAAAGUACUUAUGAUUUAUGUUCAAGUCAAACUCUUAAUUUAUUCGGAUCAAGUGGCAUUAUAAAAAGUGAUUCAUAUCCAUCUUAUAAACCAACACAAUGUAACAAUGUAACAAUAGGUUUACCUGAUAGUUCUGAUCGUGUUAUAUUUAUGUAUUUAUAUGAUCUUGAUAUUGGUCCAGCUGAUAUAGAAACACGUGAAUGUAAAAAUGAUUAUCUUUUUAUAUCAUAUGAAUGUAAUAAUCAAUCAUAUCGUGAUUAUUUAUGUGGCACACGUCAAACUGAAGUUUUAUUUGAGACAUGUUCAUCAACAGAUAGAAUAUUUGUUACAUCUAAUUUAAUAAGUCAAAAUGCUCAAUCUCAACGUGGUUUUGCACUGUUUUAUCAUAUUUUACCAAAAUCCGGUAUAAUUACAUUACCACCAACACGAUUACCAACCACAACAACAUCAUCAUCAUCAGUGGGUCCUGGUCCUGUCAGUACAAUUGUAACACAAACAAUUGCGUGCGUUCAACAAUCAAUACAAUUACAUUGUAAAGUUGAUUAUGGUCUUGUUUUACAUAAAAUUGAUCUUGCUGCAAGUAAAACAGGUAGUUGCAAUUAUUCACCUGAUGAUUGUUUCGAAGAACGAACUUAUUUGCAUGGUACAUGUGGUGGAAAACCAUCGUGCUAUAUAUUUCCUCCUUUAAUUUCAUUACCAAAAUGUAAUAAUUCUAAAGCAACAUAUUUCUACGCUGAAUAUCAAUGUAUUCCCAAUCGACCUAAAUUAAAUGUUAAUAUAUGUUCAUCAUCGAGUCCACUUGAACGAGUUGACGGUGGUGCAAUUAUUUCAUCGUUUGGCUAUGAAUCUGAAUCAAAACAAUGUCAAAUCAAUUUACAAUCAGUAAAAUCAUUAGGAAAUCCAGCUCAUAAAGCAUUUUCUAUAUUUGUUAUUAUGCUUAAUUUACCUAUUCAAUCAUUUCGUGAACAAGGUGUACAAUGUAAUGAUAAUCAGCCAUAUAUUGAAAUUGAAGAUUCACAAAUUGGUAUUAGACGUCUUUGUGGUAAUGUUCAUACACGUAAAUUAUUUGAAACAUGUUCAAAUACGAUUCAAAUUCGUUAUAAAAACUUUGAUUUACCAACAAAUAACAUUCAAUAUAAAGGUUUUCAAUUGUAUGUUGAAUCUAUUGAAAAACCUGAAUGUUCUGAUGUUGUUACUAUUAUUCCUCCGACACCGAAUGCAGCAUUUGUUAUUAAAAACGAAAUUCUUUGUGCUUUAUCAGUUGAUCGUGAACGCAUCAGUUUUUCAUGUGCAGAAAAUCAUGGUCUUGUCUUUUUACAAUCCUAUGAAUUUGUUACUAAUGAUCCACAAUCGUGUGAUAUUUCACAAAGCUCUUGCCAUUUUCUAAGUGAACAACCACAAGCAUUAUGCUCUGGCCAACAAUCAUGUACAUACAUACAUUCGAUUCCAAUCGGUCCACAACUAAAUAUGUGUAAUGGUUAUAAAGCUGAUUCAAUUCAAUUCUUUUAUCAAUGUAUACCCAUGAAACCAACAGGAAUUUAUCCAAAAGCAACUUUUUGUUCUGAUACAUAUAUUGAUUUCGACAAAGGAUAUAUUGAAACACCACAUUACCCAAAUUCUUAUCAAUAUGGCCAACAACAAUGUUCAUUGCGCAUUCUAUUGCCAAAUACUCCCGAGGGCAAACAACUUUCGAUAUAUCUUUAUAUUAUCGAUUUAUCGAUACGUGAUACAUCAACAACAAUAGAUCCCACAUCUACAGUUUCAUGUUAUGAUUCAAUUAGUUAUCGUGAUAGCAAAAUAACUAGAACACUAUGUGGAAAUAUUGAUCAACCUGUACUCGAAUAUCAAACAGAUAGAGAUGAACUUGAGUUAGUAUUGAAUAUAACAGAAUCAUUAUUUUCAAAUGUAUCAAGUAAUUGGCGUGGUGCCCGAUUGUUUUUUCUCAUUGGAAAUCAAUCAAUUCCUACUCCGCCAACAACUUCGACAACAGUAACAACACAACAAACAACAAAAAAAACUCUUGAAACUAAUACAAAGAAAGGUCGUAAACAUGGACCUACUAUUGCGGGCGUUACUGUCGGUGUUAUAGCUUUUUUAUUGUGCAUAAUUGGCUUUAUUGUUUAUCGUCGUCGUUUACAUUCAAAGUCUAAUGAAGAAGCAUCAAAAAUAAAAUAUAUACGAGAUACAGAUACAAUUAGUGGUGACACGAGUAAUCGAUCUAAUAAUACACGUAGUAGUAUUCCAGUUGGUGCAUUAAAAGGAACAGCUUCAUCAACAUUUACUACUAAAACUUAUCAUGAACAAAUUCAAAUAAAAGAUGGUUCACUAGGGAAUAGUUAUGAAAAAAUAUUUAAUCGUUUCUUGGAUGAAUCCGUCACACAAGUUACUGUUCAAGAUCCAUAUAUACGAGCGUUUCAUCAAAUCUGCAAUUUUUUACGAUUUUGUGAAGUUGUUAUCAAAUCAGCUGCUAAAAUAAAACGAAUCGAUUUAAUUACAAGUUUCGAAACGAAUGAACAAGCAAAACAAACACAAACUGAACAAUUAAAUCAAUUUAAAGAGCAUCUUGCAAACAAGCAUUCAAUUGAACUUAAAAUAAACUAUUUAACUGGAUUACAUGAUCGAGAAAUCAAGUUAAAUAAUGGAUGGAUAGUAAAAAUUGGUCGAGGACUUGAUUUUUAUAAACCACCAGAAUCUAAAUUAUCUAUUGGAUAUUAUGAUCUCGAUCUUCGUCCAUGUCAUCAAACAACGAUUGAUAUUUUUCAUUCGGAACGUGUUCAUCCUUCAACAUAG